AACUUCAACAACCUGACAGGCCACGAAAGUAGAGGGCGGAAACAUGUUUCCACGACAGCAACGUCUCUUUGUCCGAUUCAUUUUCACUGCCACCGUAUUCCCUUGAGCUCCAGUCCUACGCGCCGAGAGCGGCCGCCCUACAGGGGGCGCCACAGCUUUGCUCCGCCGCGGCGCUCAGCCCCAUACUUCCCUAGCGGGCAUCAUGGCGGGCUGGAUAGCCGUAGACGCCCCUUAAAAUCACGAGCUCAGCUGUCUGGAUCCGUCGCCUCGAGAGCCAUCGAUGCCCUGAUUCAGGCACAUGCGCAGCAUUUUAGCGAAAACUCUUUUCGCCCAUCGGCCGCCCACACGGAUCAGCUCGUCGUACCCCGCCAAAACCCAAGGGUCGCUCUAGCUACCUAAUCCGCAACUCUGCCCAAAACCGUCGCCGACCACCAUGGGCCUCCGCGACAUCCUCAAGAAGAAAUCCACCCUCGAGGCGAGCGACCCCGACCCAGCGACGGUCUCGCGCCUCGCCGGGCCCGAGUUCACCUUUGUGCGCUCCGACACGUACACCCACGAGGUCAUCCACCCGCCGCAGUACCCCGACGGCGACGACGGCGAUGACGACGCAGGAGGCGGCACCUACCUGACGGCGCGGGACAAGGAAAAGGACAAGACCAGCAGCCACCGGCUCAGCCUAGACGUGUUCCGCGGCUCGCGCAGCCGCAGCGCGUCCGCCUCGAGCCACGGCACCGCCGGCGGAAAUAAGGAGUCGUCGUCAUCCGCCGGCGGGGCGGCGCGCCGGCUGUCGCACCGCCUCCACCUGGCGCGCAGCCCGACCAGCUCGGAGAUGGUGCCGCAGGACCUGCCGGCGAUCGUGACGCACCGGGCGCCCGACGGCCGCGAGGACAGGGACGGGACCGAGUCGCAGUGGGAGAAGAGGGCGACGAUGCUGGCGAGGGAGAACGAGAAGCACAGGAGCAGGCCGCCGACGCCCGUGGGCGGAGGAGGGGUCGAGGACCAGCUUGGGCGGAUGCGCCUCGGGUCGCCCGGGGAGCAGGGUCGGCGGGGCGGCGGUGAGGUGGCGGUGCCGGUGGUGGUGGCGGGCCCGGAUGAUGGUGUUGUGUCGUCCAAGGCGAUCGAUGAGGAUAUACAGGAGGCGAUCAGGCUGCAUGAGGAGGGCGAUCUGCAGAGGUCGACGGCGCUGUUUGCGCGCCUGGCGGAUCCGAAGGGAGCUAAUAACCCCCUGAGCCAGGUCUUGUACGGCCUCGCGUUGAGGCAUGGCUGGGGCUGCGCACCAGACCCAGGGGCAGCGGUCAACUACCUGUCGGCGGCGGCAUCGAACGCGGCGACGGUCGAGAACCUCGCCCUGCAGGCCGGCCUCAAGAAGGGAGGGGCCGCUAAGGGCGAGCUCGUCCUCGCUAUCUUCGAAUUGGCCAAUUGCUUCCGUCACGGCUGGGGGAUCCCCAAGGACGCCGUCGCCGCGAAGCAGUACUACGAAACGGCUGCAAAUCUUGGAGACACAGAUGCCAUGAACGAGGUAGCUUGGUGUUAUCUCGAAGGGUACGGUACCAAAAAGGACAAGUACGCGGCAGCGAGAUACUAUCGACUGGCUGAACAGAACGGGAACAAGACACUAGGGAAUUCCUGGAUCUGGAAGGACAAGUACAGUCCCGAGAACGCCAAGAAGUAGAAUCCCCCGUCCGCGAGAGGUCCAUCCUAGAUGCCGCGAGAUAAACCAUCCUCCACCUUUCGACGCGGGGUCUGCGCCCGGUCGCUUCAACAUAAUACUACCUUCUAACGUGAUUUAUCAGACCAAUGUCAUGAUCCAUAUUGACUUGGACAUCG